UCUGUCUCCUCUUCUUCCUCGUCGAUCGAUCGGUAGAAGUCUAGCUUCAGGCUGCUCUGUUGAGUUUUCAUUUUCUGAGCUUAGUGCUCGGUGAUUGAAGUUAUCAGAAGAACUUGGGAAGGGAAAGUGAUUUCUGUCACAAAAGCACUGUAACUAGAUGGUUGUGUAGAUGCAGGAAAAGAAACUUAGAACCAUCCUCUUGAGUGUUGUGCUAUGAUUUUUGUUGGGGUUGGAGAUUUUUCUUUUGUUUUUGUCUUGGCUCUCUUUUUCCAGGCACUAGUUUUAUGCUUCUGUCAAGAUUUUGUUAGGAGUCCCUGUUUAGGCAUUAGACACAUUGCUCAUCUGUCUUAUUGAUUAAGGGGUUUGCACUAAUGGGGAAGGACUCGAAGCCGAAGGACUCGGGAGGAAAGGGAAAGGGGAAGCAAGCAGGGGGUGGGAGUGAUGAAGCCGCUUCCAAGGGGAAAGGAAAAGCCAGGAAGUCAGAUGGGCUAGGCACGUGCACUUAUGUCAAAGCUAGGCAUAUACUGUGUGAAAAGCAAGGCAAAAUCAACGAAGCAUACAAGAAACUGGAUGAUGGCUGGCUGGGCAAUGGUGACAAAGUUCCCCCAGCUGAAUUCGCAAAGUUAGCUGCAGAGUACUCAGAGUGCCCAUCUGGGAAGAAGGGCGGGGAUCUAGGAUGGUUUCCUCGAGGAAAGAUGGCUGGUCCAUUUCAAGAAGUUGCAUUUGCUACCCCUAUUGGAGCUACAAGUGCACCAUUCAAAUCAACGCAUGGCUACCACAUUAUCCUGUGUGAAGGGAGAAAGAAUUGAUGAAUGCUGCUUCUCUGGAGAUCUUUUUUGCCUAUGUAUCGAUCUAGAAAUGGAUUGUUUUCUAUGUAUGGCCAUUGUGUUCCGUUGGGUGCAAGGUGCCUGUUCUACGGGUGGUCGAUGAAUGGAUGACAAAUUUCUGCUCAAAAUGUCUUAGCGCUUUGUGAUUA